AGGUCCCGCGUCAUAAACUAUGAGGCAAAAGUCACGUGGUGACUUUUGGAAAGUGAUUUAUUUCAUGGACACCGCCCUACUUCCUAUAAUACAGGUUGAUAUAACAACCCUUCCUCAUAUCAGAAUACGACUUCGUCAUGUAUAAAGACUUGUCCAAAAUCCAAGAAUUAUGCCGCGGCGACAUUAUUGCGUGACGGCAAUUUUUCUACAUUUAUUUUCCGUCGCAACUUUUUUCAGUUUUUGGGCGAACCAAAAAUAUUCUGCUAAUUCCUACAACAAGAAUUAUGAGAGGAAAUUUGUAGAGGAGUUUUCAUUUACAGAAAAUCCAAAUGAAGUUGAAAAUUUCAGCCUAUCCAACCAUAGAGAAAAUCGGCAUCCGCUUGCUGAAUUAUGCCUUCCAGUUGGUUUCAGAGCAGAACUUUGUCCAAAACUAUUCAUGGGAGACAGGACUGUUGAUGACCCCCUCAAAUUAAUGCAAAAUCGUGUUGUUUCACAAUGUAGGUUAGCUAACAUCAUCAACGACUGUUCACGACUAGAUAUGGCGCAUGAAUACUCUAGCAAACCGGUUUCGGAAAAGGAAAGAAAUUUCCCAUUAGCGUUUGGAAUUAAAAUGCAUCGCGAUCCCGAACAAGCAGAACGACUUCUUCGGACUAUAUACAGACCACACAAUAUUUAUUGCAUAUAUGUGGAUGGGAAAACAUCAAAUAUUGUUUUUAGAAUCAUGAAACAGAUUGGAAGUUGUUUUGAUAAUGUUUUCGUUGUCGAGAAACGUUUGAAUGUUGUGUACGCAAGUUAUGCACACAUGCACAGUGAUCUACAGUGUAUGAAAAUCCUUAGUCAGAAAUCCCAGGUGAAAUGGAAAUACUACAUCAACCUGACUGGACAAGAGUUUCCUAUAAAAACCAAUUUGGAAAUGGUAGAAAUACUGGCCUCUCUGAAUGGAGCCAAUGACAUAGAGUCGUUUAAUACUCCGCAAUUUUUAAAGUGGCGCUUUGAGAAGAAAUAUCACACUAGCAGUAUAAAUUUGGUGGAAACUUCUUAUAUCAAAGAACCGUUUCAAUAUAACAUUGAAAUCAGUAAAGGAAGUGCUUAUGGUGCAUUUUCAAGACAUUUUGUAGAAUUUCUUUUGAAUGAUCGCAUCGCCAACCAGUUUAUUCAUUGGUUAAAUGAUACAUAUUCUCCAGAAGAAAAUGUAUGGGCAACAUUAAAUACAUUUCCUUGGGCUCCUGGAGGUUAUGAAACAGAAAUUCGUCACAAAUAUGGAACAUUUUUGUCUCGUGCUAUAAAUUGGGAGGACGAUAAACCUAAAUGUCACGGAAAAUAUGUCAGAAGUGUCUGUGUUUUUGGAAUCGGAGAUAUGCCAUGGUUAGCUAGUAAGCCCCAGUUAAUUGCAAACAAAUUCGAUUAUCAUUUUGAUCAUCUAGUAUUAGACUGUUUAGAAGAUAUGCUCAGAAAUAGAACGAAAAAUCCGUCUGUGCACAGAUUAGACUGGUAUUACUAUCGAACCUUGCCACAGUCCAAAAUAUUUACAAAAUAUGACUCAAAACUAAGUGCAAAAUAUUUACGGAAUAGGAAAGAAGAAUGGCUGAAGAAACAAACUCUGUUAAUGGAACCAAUCAAAUUACAGAGAAGAAAAGAAGUUAAGCAUAAAUAUCUUCUUCCCGGAAGCUCAAUUCGAAUGUAUACCGUACCUCGAUAAUAUUUCAUUUGAAAAUCGAUU